AUGUGGGGUCUCGAGUGCCUAUGUGGGGUCUCGAGUGCCUAUGUGAGGUCUCGAGUGCCUAUGUGGUCUCGAGUGCUAUGUGGGGUCUCGAGUGCCUAUGUGGGUCUCGAGAGUGCCUGUGUGGGGUCUCGAGUGCCUAUGUGGGGUCUCGAGUGCCUAUGUGGGGUCUCGAGUGCCUAUAGUGUGAACGGGGGAACGGAUGAUGAAGGGAUCGAACGGGACUCCGGUGAUUCUGAGGACGAGAUGGAUCGCAGUGCCAACUUUACCAUGGCAGAGGCGCUACAGGUGUGUGAGAGCCGGCUGACGAACGGGGGCCUGGAGGGCGGGGUGUGCGAACACUAUCGGGCGGUCAUCAGGGCACAGGUGGCUGAAUCCAUCGACCUGGCCUCUUUCCUCAUUAAGGUGGCACAAGGCAACAAGUUCUCUACCCAGUCUUCUGACCUCCUCAGCUCCGAGCAUGACCUUCGUGAACUACAGUCUGAAGAUUGGGCACGACUUUGGAUGCAGGUCAUGUGGGAGUUGAGGAAUGGCGUCAAGUUGAAGAAGUUUGAAUACUCGCGUGGACCCAUCGAGUAUGCUCUUACACCUUAUGAAAUGCUUAUGGACGAUAUCAGAUCACGCAGAUACACUCUCAACAAGGUCAUGGUAAAUGGUGACAUACCUCCACGUGUCAAGAAGGACGCUCACACUAUAAUCCUGGACUUUAUUAGGUCACGCCCACCACUUAGAAAGGCAUCAGAGCGAAAACUUCUCCCUCCACCACGAAAAAUCUCGUCUCCAAUGGAACUUCUCAUGGAAAGCAUUAGAAAGGACCACACCUUAAAGCAUGUCAACACUCCCAUGCGGGCCCGUCCAAUGUCCAGUGGCCUAAGGAUACCAGGUUAGUUAACUCUGAGCCAGAUUCACU